AUGCUGCCUCCCCGUGUCCCACGACUGCUUGCCGUUCUCUGUCUGACGGUAGCCCUCGCUCUGCUGUGCUGCGAGAAAACCCGAGCGCAAUCAAGCUGUGGAUCGACUCCGUUGUGUAAACCGUAUGAUAGGCAGGGCCCUGCAUGUACGCGGAAAAGGCGGAUGGAUCUCCGCUUUUUUCUAGACACGUCCAGGGAGAACAACUUCACGGUGGGUGGCCAGACAUACCACACCGCCACCUACGGCUUUUGCCCGGUUGUAGACCAGCUCUCCUCGUUCACGCUAACUGGGGCACCCUUUCUCACCAGCUCCUACAUCACCACGAACGAAACGUCCGGCGAAGUUACCGACCACCUCUCGUUGAACAUGGGACCUCGGUAUCUUUCCGUCUACGGCUUCGGUGCCUCGAACAGCACCACCAAUCCUGAGAGAGACAUCUCUACCGGCACUGUGCUGAUCGCCGUGAACGGCAGCCGCACCACCGGCGUAACCAACUCCGUGGGCAUCGUGACGAUUCUGUCUCUGGAGAUCGGCCUCCAGAACGGCUUAUUCAACUAUAUCGACGCUGCCGUGGCGUCUGAGACGACCGCUAAAGAUUCGAACAAUAACUCCUUAUUGUGCACCUCCAACAGCACUGAACUCUCUGACAGCAUUAACUGUGUUAAGAACGCCCCCGUGCCGGCGGCGGAGCCGAUGAGGCUGCCAGCCAAAGUAGGCUUCGUCCCUACGUGCAACGCCCAAGAUGUAUGUGUUAUGGGAGAUCCUAGUGUCUAUACGUGUAUCGGUAACGUCCUGGGUAAGAAGAACUGCGGCGUUUAUAAGAGUAACCCUACUGAAAUCCGUGACGUACAGAUGACGGUGCUGGUAUCGUACUACGGCACAGAUUCGCGGCGGAACGUGCUGACAAGUGGUGGCCAAAACCCGCUCAACUUCGCCACCUUUGUCAGAGAAAAUGCAUUUCAGGCCUUUGCUCACAAGGUCACUUCCUUUUUCGAAGUAAAUCUCUCUGAUGUUGUGGGUGUGUGA